AUGGCGGAAUUGUUGGUCGACAAGGAUGGCGAAGGCGACGAAGAGGAGCAAGAGCUGCAAGUCAUGCGAGACGAGGAAGACGACGGAGGAGGCUUCGGUUCCAACCAUACCCUCAAGUUAUCCCCAACUACAGUCACCAUUCAGUCGGAGAUAUUUUGCCUCGCCUUCUCCGCUGAUGGGAGGUUUCUUCUUGCGUGCUGCGGAGAUGGCAUGGUGCGAGUGUUAAACCCACACAACGGGGUUGUCAUUUCGGUGCUGGUUUCGAAGCGAGAGAGGAGCAGAAAAAGCUACGGCAAGGUUGAAAGGGGCAGCAGCGGCGCCUUGGGCUUGCAGAAGAAACGCUCGUCGUCUAUCCUCGACAGCGUAAAGCUUCCUUGCACCUGCGCCGCAUUUCGACCAUACAACAAGGGCGAAAAGACGAACGGAGUGGCCCUCAUCGGAUACUCCCACGGCGAAAUCCAGCUCUGGCACGUGCCAUCAGCCAAGGUACUGCACAAACUGGCUGUUCCACCGGAAGACUCAAAUUCGCGAGGCGGGGCGGGCGACGGGGAUAAAGCAGAAGAAAAAGGCGAAGCUAGCAAACGAGAUGACAAUAUCGAGAUACCCAUCGGGGUGGAGGUGCUGUGCUGCGCCUUCUCCAGCGACGGAGAAUUCUUUGCCGUGGGAGCAAGCGACGGGGUCGUGAGGGUCUACAGCGACACCACGAGGGAAAUGUUGGUUGAGCUCAAGCCUGGGAUGGCGCGAGGCUCCGGGCACAGCAGCAGGGUGUUUAGUGUCAAGUUUCACCCAGACGAUUCGAACACUCUCGUCAGCGGCGGUUGGGACAACUGCGUACAAGUGUGGGACGUUGAAAAGGCCACCACCGUGACAACCGUCUUCGGCCCCCACAUCUGUGGAGAUGCUGUGGGAGUGUUCGGUCGGACCAUUGUAACGGGCUCUUGGCGUGACGAGUCUCAGCUGGAAGCUUGGGACAUGGACUCUGGGAAGGCCAGCGGCCCCUCCUUCUGGAGCGGAAGCGGCAAGGGGGCGCUAUUGCAGCAAGCCUUGGGUCGCAGAUGCCGAUUGUACGCGGCGGCGUUCGGCGGGCCUGAGGAUGCACGAGGGAGCUUCGUUGCGGCCGGUGGGGGCGAGGGGGCGAACGAAGUGAAGGUGUUUGAUUUCUUGGACAACCGGCGGUUGAUCGGCAGUCUCCUGGGACUUUCGGCGGGGGCGAUUUCCCUCGCGUUCGAGCCUCAGGGGCAGCAGCUGGCCGUGGGGCUGGCAGACGGGCAGAUACACCUGGUGGACAUCGAGACCACAGCCGAGGCCCCUCAGGAGUCAAGCGGAGGGAAAACCAUCAUGGUGUUUUGACGGGAAAAAGCCAACACUGUGCCGCCGAACCGGGCGCGAUUCGCCCGGAGAAAGCCAGUAGAAAAUCAUUACACGGCGAAUGAAAGAGUGUUUAUCUGUUGUGGACCGCGCUGUGUUUCGUGUAUGUAGAAGCGUAAUCUUUGAGGAGGAAAGAACGUUUUGGGGUAGGGACAGGGAAAGAUCAAUGAGAGUAACAACGGGGUCCUGCAAAAACUCUAUUGUGCCUCGUGCAACGACUUUGCGUGACGUUGGCAAACGAGUCGACGCUGAAUCCUUUUGUUGACUCCGGAGCCGCUGCGUCUUG